AUGGUACAAAGAGUAGUUGUUACGAAGUUGCUCGGUUCCACGAGACCGCUCGUAUUCGGAAUGAUUCAUGUACCCGCACUUCCUGGGUUCGUUUCUUCCAAUUCCACAGAAUCAUACAAUAACCAACGUUUAGAACUCCUUCAAACACUCUUCCGAUCUCCGCAAUACUGAAGAAAGUGCGAAAAGAAGCGGACACGUACUUCAAGAACGGAGUCGACGGAGUCAUUGUGGAAAACAUGCACGACGUACCGUAUGUGAAGCCCCCGGCCGGUCCAGAAGUCGUGAGUGCGAUGGCAUUGGCAUCUGAUCAAUUGGUAAAAUCGAGAGAUACCCAUCAUCCGGGAGCUCUCACAGGAAUACAGAUUCUGGCGGCCGCGAAUCGAGAAGCGCUCGCAGUUGCUCACACGACGGGUCUCGAUUUCGUCAGGGCCGAAGGAUUCGUUUAUUCGCACGUGUCCGACGAAGGAUGGAUCGAUGGAUGUGCCGGAGGAUUGCUUCGAUAUCGAUCUGCUCUGAGAGCGGACAACGUGGCAGUGUUAACGGAUAUCAAAAAGAAGCACAGUGCGCACGCGGUGACCGCCGACGUUUCGAUUCAGGAAAUGGCGAAGGAUGCCAAGUUCAAUUGUGCGGACGGAGUGAUUGUGACUGGAAGUGCGACGGGAAGCGCUGCCAGUCCGGAUGAACUGAACCAAGUGCUCAGCGUUCAGGAGUUUCCCGUUCUGAUUGGAAGUGGAGUGAGUGCGAAGAACGCGAGAAACUACGUCAAAGCUCACGGAUUCAUAGUCGGAUCGGAAUUCAAAGUCGGAGGAGACUGGAAGAAUGACUUGGAUUCAGGAAGGAUUGCCAAGUUUAUGAGACAUGUGAACUCUCUGAAACGCUGA